ACGCCACCGCCCAUCAGCUGAGAGUCGUCGCUGGGGCUGUGCGGACGCUGGGAACCGCCGGCCCCGAGCGGACGAGCCGGAGGAGGAGCGCGCCCUGGAGGAGGUCAGGGUGGCUGCUUUGAAAACAGCACAGUUCACCAGCAUCUGAUGAAAUUAUUGACAAAGCAAAUCAGCCAUGUCUUACACUCCAGGAAUUGGUGGUGACCCUGCCCAGCUGGCCCAGCGGAUCUCUUCCAACAUCCAGAAGAUCACACAAUGUUCUGUGGAAAUACAGAGGGCUUUGAAUCAACUUGGAACACCUCAAGAUUCACCUGAACUAAGGCAACAGCUGCAGCAGAAGCAGCAGUAUACUAACCAACUCGCCAAAGAAACAGAUAAGUACAUUAAAGAGUUUGGAUCUCUGCCCACCACCCCCAGUGAACAGCGUCAAAGGAAAAUACAGAAGGAUCGUUUAGUGGCUGAAUUCACAACAUCACUGACAAACUUUCAGAAGGUCCAGCGACAAGCUGCUGAGAAAGAGAAAGAUUUUGUUGCUCGAGUAAGAGCCAGCUCUAGAGUAUCUGGUGGCUUUCCUGAUGACAGUUCAAAAGAGCGGAAUCUUGUAUCCUGGGAAAGCCAAACUCAAUCUCAAGUGCAGGUGCAAGAUGAAGAGAUUACAGAAGAUGACCUCCGUCUUAUUCAUGAGAGAGAGUCUUCUAUUAGACAGCUUGAAGCUGAUAUUAUGGAUAUUAAUGAAAUAUUUAAAGAUUUGGGGAUGAUGAUUCAUGAGCAAGGAGAUGUGAUAGAUAGCAUAGAAGCCAAUGUUGAAAAUGCAGAGGUGCAUGUCCAGCAAGCAAACCAGCAGCUGUCAAGAGCAGCAGACUAUCAGCGCAAAUCCAGGAAAACCCUGUGCAUCAUCAUUUCUAUCCUUGUCAUUGGAGUUAUAAUCGUUGGUCUCAUCGUAUGGAGUUCAUUGAAAAGCUAAAAUUAUGAAGGAAUACACUAUUGCACUACAUUGUCUAAAUUAAGUAGGAAGAUUCCUGUAAUCAUUUUUUUAAUUAUUAUUUUAAAGCUAUUGUAUAAAGAAUGGUUUUCAGGUUUUGUUACUUUUAUUUGGGGGUGGGAUAGGGAAGUUCCUUUGGAUUAAAUCUAUUUUCUAGUACUAAAAGUCUUCCUAAAUAUCACUGCUGGAAUGGUUUCUGUUCUUUUUUAUCUUUUAUCUACCAGAUUUUUUGCCACGUUGUAUAUGUCUUUCAUUUAUAAUUUAUUUAUACUAUUGACGUCGUUUUGGGAAUGAGUCCAUUUAAAGGUAUGUCACUGAGCUCUUAUCAUCUAAUCACAAUGUAACAUAUAUCCAAAUUUUGUUACUUCAAUUAAAAAUUUCUAAUUUGAUUUGAGCCAGCAGAGGAAAUAUCCUUAAUAACUUAAAGGAAAUUAGUCUGUUUAUGUGUAAGUGUGUGUUUUUCUAGCUCCCUCCAACCUAAGUAUUCUAUUUAUCUCUUAAAGUUCUUUUUUCUCUUAAGACCCUUGCUUACACUGAAUGAAGUCAGUGAAUUCUUUUCUAGUAUAUUUCAUACUCCUGAUGUGUACAUAUUAAAGCAUUUGGUGUAGACUGCCUAGUAAAACAUUAAGGAUAGUCUUUAACUAGACUAGAUAUGCCUGAUAUUUACUAGGGAGUGUGUAGUAACUAUAAAAGUUGAAAAGUUAUUUGGCAAGAGUCUGACCAAUCGAAUUCUAUUGUUUCAGAGUCAUAAAAAUCCAACUUGUUAAUUUUCUGUGUAUUUGCACAGCUAUUAUAGGGCAAUUCAAAAAUCCCACUUGUUAAUUCACUGUGUGUUUGCAUAGCUACUAUGGGGCAAUUCCUGGGCAAUUCAUCACCUUUCUUUACAUCCUACAGAAAAAUGGUUACAUACACACACACACACACACACACACACACACAUAUCCUUGGUCAAAUUUGCUUUUUGGAAGUAUUUUUCUCACAAUUUUGUUUUUAAGCAUCUAAUACUUAAAAUGUGGUAUUUAUCUUUCAUACUACUUUGUACUGUCCUUCAUCAGAAAAAUGAACUGGAUGUUUGCCAAUUAAUGCAUUUGCCUUUUAAAAUCAAUACUUUAAUGCACUAAUGUGAAUACUGUUAAGAGGAUGAAUUUGGUUGAAAUGUAUUUUAUAUUAUUCUUAUAUAGCAGUUUGAUAGUGAAGGCAGUGUUUUACAUGGCAAAUUAUGAGAUUUCAAUAGAGAACAAAAAAUAUUCAGUCACUGAGAAAAUUGUUCAGUAUCAAAAUAAAGAUAAUCUUACACAUUCUGGAUAGCUCUGUUCCAUGAGAAUUCAGCCUCCUUAGGACAGAUGCCUGACACUUACCUCACACUUUUGCCGCUGUACUACCUGACAUCUCAGCCAGGGGCUAACAGUCACAUGGCAGCGAUUUUACAUCUAUGUGGUUUUCUCAAAUUUUUUUUUUUAUUUUGACUGUCCUGAGACGUUUUGUCACUAACUGGUAGGAGCUGCUUUGCAUGGCAGCAAAUUUGUUUUUUCCACAACACAAGACUAGAAAAAAAAAUUAUGGCCUUAGAAACUUUGAACCAGAAUCAGACUGCUUUAGUAAUAAACAGGAUGGAUGGUGCAGGAAGGUGAGCUCAUCCGGAUACUACCUGAUCUGAGGUCAGUACGUGUCCAUAAUGCCUGCUGGAAUACCUUCCCUCCUUUUGAGUACACUGUUUGAUUUUAUAAGUGAGGGUCAUGUGGCUAUUAAAGUCUCAAGGACUUGCAGUGUAUUCAAUAUUUUUCAUGGUUAUAUUUGAUAAAAUAAUUAUCCUCAUACAGGUAAACUUAUUUACUUCUAUUUAUUUUCACAGUGCUUUUCCACUAACAACAAAAGCCCUUAAUUUGGAGGGCAUGAUUUUAGCACUUUCAGUUACUGCCUAAUAACAUAUUAUUUAAAUGGGGAUACAAAUAACUGAUUUAAAGCAGGAACUUUAGUGCCUUGCAUUCUUUUAAGGAAAAAUAAAAAUAUAUUUGGAGCACCAAAAGUAGUUGAUUAGAAAGAAAAUAAAAUUAAACACGUGAAAUAACUAGAAUGUUUUAAUUCUUAAAAGUUUCCUUUUAGGUUAGUUUAAGGUCAUUUUUAAACAUGGAGUUUAUACUGCAAAAUAAAAUCAGAAUUGUUUCUUGACUGUCUGCAUACUCAGAUCUGCUUGAGUCAAAUUGCAUCUCAAAUGGAAAGUAGAGCUUAGAAAGUGAUGCAAUAUUGUUCAUGUAAGUGUCCUCCAAAGACAUGCUUGAAUCAUAGAGCUUGAGUUAAACUACCCUCUUACGUUAAAUGACAGUAUAGCAUGAAAUACUCAACUAUUGGCUUGGUCAUUAAAUAAGAAAAUGCUUUGAUUAUAAACCAUGGUAAAUGAUUAGAGAAUGAUCCAACUUGUUUUUAGUGGCCAUACGACGAGCUUAAAUAAAUAGAUGGUUAUUGGCACAGAUGACCCCAGGUUAAGAGAGCAAACUGUAAAAGCACAGCCCCCAGAGUCAGACCCUCAGAACAUAUGCCCAGCAGCAGACUGACAGUAUUGCACCCGAAAGACGCCAUCAGUGCUCCAGAGAGACAUGUCACAUUUUACACACACAAGUUUUUGAAUGGGUUUUGAAUGCCUAAAUUUAUAGACAAGUUUGUAAUGAACAAAAACAUGACUUGAAAGACUUCUUGUCCCACACAGUUGUCAGUAGUUUAACCAGGAACACAGAUUUCUAGUUGUAAUGUUUGUUUCUUCCUGUAGUAAAAAGAAUGUCAUAAUAAAAGAUGAAGCCUAUAAAGAAAAAUAAUGUCCAUUUAAUGGCAAAGAGUAAUGCGCAAAGACAACUUAGCAUUUAUUUUAUUGAAAGACAAAAUUGAAUCUCUUGUACAAAUGACCAGGUUACUACAAUAAAAAUAAAAAUUCAGAACUGGAUGAAGAAAGUUGUUUGUGUAAAUUAUGAAUUAUAUGGCAUUUUUGUUUU